AUGACAAUGGAGGACAGAAGCAGCCGCACCGGCGGCAGAGAAAGGCUGGGACUUAGCUUCACUAUUGACUACCUUCUGUUCAAUAAAGGAGUCAAAGGUUCCAAAGAAGAAGCGACAGGAAGUCGUACAGCAGAGCAGACGGUGAACAACCUGCUAAAUCAUCAGAAUCCUAAACCCGAAGAGGUGGGGAUUCGCUCUGAGAUACAGGAGAAGCAGCGGCAGAGGUCAGAGACAGAGACUGAAGAAAGGAAAGUCAAAGAAGAGGAGGGGGAUGAAGAGCAACAAGAGGAGGGGGAGGAGGAAGUGACCACCACCACAUCUACCGGCAGCAGUCCGGAGAAGUCUGCGGACAAACCCAACCAGUCGUACAUCGCACUCAUCUCCAAGGCGAUCCUGGCGUCAGAGCAGAAGAAACUGCUGCUAUGUGACAUCUACCAGUGGAUCAUGGACCACUUCCCUUUCUUCAAGAGUAAGGAUAAAAACUGGAGGAACAGCGUGCGGCACAACUUGUCCCUGAAUGAUUGCUUCAUCAAAGCAGGCCGCAGUGACAACGGUAAAGGCCACUUCUGGGCGAUUCACCCAACCAACUACCAGGACUUUUCCAACGGGGACUACCAGUGUCGGAGGGCACGGCGGAGAGUACGCAGGGUGGCAGGACAGCUCCCGUUUUCCUCCCUGAGCUCCCCCUACCACCCUGGCCUCGCCCGGCCCCACAGAACGACCUACUGGUGCUGCCCUCAAGCCCAAACACUCCCUCUGUCCUACUUGGCUCCUAGACUCUACUGGCCCUGGUCCAGCAUGCAGCCACAAGUGAGGUUCCACCCGAGCCUUCAUGCCUCUGUAACCUAA